AUGCUUGCCCUUGGAGAUAGUAUUUUACGUUUGACUAACUUUGUAUUGUUAGUCAUUGCAUUGGGUUUAACGGCUUCGUUAGCUGCUUCUACCGUCACCCAAUCCAACCCUCAAAUCAAUUUCGGUGUAUUUGCUGCUGCCUUCGCUAUAUUGACUUCGUCAUUCUAUGGUAUCUUAGCAUACUUUAUUGCUGCUUUCGCAUGGCCAAUCGUGUUGGCUGCUUUAGAUAUCUUAAAUCUUAUCUUCACCUUCGCUGCCGCCACCGCCAUUGCAGCUGGUAUCCGUUGUCACUCAUGUUCCAACAAAGACUACGUUGAUGAUAACAACAUUACUCAAGGUUCUUCAGGUCGUUGUAGAAAAGCUCAAGCUUCUGUUGCUUUCCUUUACAUCUCCUUCUUCAUCUUUGUUUUCUCCACUGUCUUCUCCGUUAUUUCCAUUACAAAGGGUGGUUUAUUCGGUGGAUCAUCUGGAAGAUCUACUGCCAGAGUUGGUGUUCCAUCAAUGUCCCAAGUUUAA